AUGGCUCUUCACGACGCUGCUGCCAGUCCAUCCGACCUGCUCGCUGAGGGCGAGGGCAAUCGCAGUCAGAUUGAAGCUAAGGAUGAUGCUGCUUUGCUGCGGACCAUGGGCUACAAGCCGGUCCUUCAUCGGACAUACAACUUCUUCGAGAACUUUGCGACUACAUUCGCUGCUCUCUACUUUGUCGGUGGUGUGCGCGUCACUUUCAGUACUGGUAUUGCCGCCGGUGGAAACCUGGCCUACUGGACCAGUUACCUGGUUACCAUGGUCUUCACCUUUAUUACUGCCGCUGUCAUUGCGGAGGUGUGUUCGGCUUCCCCGUCUGCGGGUUCAAUUUACCUGUGGGCUGCUGAGGCCGGUGGUCCUCGCUUUGGUCGGCUUCUGGGUUUCAUUGUUGCCUGGUGGAGUACGACUGCUUGGACGACUUUCUGUGCUAGUAACACCCAAGCUGCGGUUAACUAUAUGCUUUCGGAAAUCACUGUGUUCAACCUGGAUUUCCCAUCAGACUCCAGCGACGUCAAGUUCCGUGCCGUUCAAUGGAUCUGUACCGAAAUUCUGCUGGCCCUUGCAGCUCUACUGAACUUCUUGCCUCCCAGGUACUUCAAGUAUGUCUUCUGGUUUUCAGCCGGAGUCGUCAUGCUCGACUUCUUCCUGAACCUGAUCUGGCUGCCCAUUGGCACUGCUCAAACUUGGGGCUUCCGUACUACCCAUGAGGCCUUCAUGACUACCUACAAUGGUACCGGUGCCCCGGCCGGCUGGAACUGGUGUCUUUCUUACCUUGCCACCGCUGGUAUUCUGAUUGGAUUCGAUGCUUCUGGUCAUGUUGCGGAGGAAACCAAGAAUGCUUCUAUCACUGCGGCUCGCGGUAUCUUCUGGAGUACCGUUGCGAGUGGAUUUGGUGGUUUGGCUACUAUCAUUCUUUUCCUGUUCUGCGCGCCUGAUGCUGCGACACUCAUGAGCUUUGGCUCUCCUCAGCCUUUCGUGCCUUUGUACGCCGUCGUCCUAGGCAAAGGCGGCCACAUCUUCAUGAACGUCAUUUGCGUGUUCGCCUUGUGGAUCAACACCGCAAUCGCCAUCAUCGCCGCAUCACGUCUCGUCUUCGCCGUCGCCCGUGACGGUGUCCUCCCCUUCUCCAGUUGGGUCUCUCGCGUCAAAGGCGGCCAGCCCCGAAACGCAGUCAUCGUCGUCUGGGGUGUCGCCGCCCUGAUCACCUGCACGAUCCUCCCCUCCAACGUGGCCUUCACCUCCCUAGUCUCCGCAGCCGGUGUCCCGAGUGCAGCAGCCUACGGUCUGAUCUGUCUUGGUCGGCUGGUCUGCACACCGAAGCGCUUUCCCAAGCCGCAAUGGAGUCUCGGUCGCUGGAGCAAGCCGUUCCAAUUCAUCGGUGUCUUCUGGAACGGAUGGGUUGUUGCUGUUCUUUUCUCGCCCUAUGCGUGGCCUGUUACUGGCGAGAACUUGAACUACGCACCGAUUAUCAUGGCUGGAGUGACUAUCUUAGCUUUGAUCUCAUACUUCAUCAUGCCGGAGAGUGCAUGGCUUCCUCGUGCUCGUCUCACGCACUUUAUUGACAGCAAGGGUGCUGUUGAGGAGACUGUUGAGGAAGUCGGUUCUACAGACCGUGGUGAGCCCAGUACUCGAUGA